AUGGAUGAGGUGGUAGCCAAAGGCGUCGGACAUCUCACGAAGGUAAGCCUGUCCAUCGAUCGACCGCAUCACCACAUUAUGAUGCCGUUCGCCAGAGUCAUUGGCUUUGGGGAAAAACAGAAAGAAUGGGAGCUUGAAGUCCUUCCGACUGCCCCGCCGGAGGAAAGGGUGCAGCUCGUCAGUCGGAUUGAGUCCAUACUACUAGAAUGCUUGCAGCAGCCUCAUACUGGAUUCAACGUUUCAAGCAUAUUCUUCAAUCACAACCAGUUACAAGCCAACUGGCUAGUUCGAGGCACUGUUUGUCAGCGCCUCGAAGCCCCGGUCACAAGCGAAGAAAGCAUUCGAGAGAUGCGAGCAGAACAAUCCGGCUUAUUGUUGGAAGCAUAUGCCUAUUACAUCACCGUUGAGCGGCGCAGACAGAAACCUGAUCAGUUCAUGUUGAAAACCUUGUACGAACGAGCUAUCGCAGAGGCAGAUAAGCGUCGCUGGGAGGGUGAUUCAGUGGCGGAGGACGCUCUUAGAUCAUUCUGGAUCGGUCUCGUUGACUUUCUGAAACAACAAGGUGUCGAUGAUGAUCUGCAACUGGCCGCGUUAGAACGAGCUGUACGCAGCGUACCAGCGGCCGGAGGAGUAUGGGCUCGCUAUAUGCGCUUCUUAUUCAGUAUCCAUUGGUAUGCCACGUGGAAUCGCUCUUAUGAGAUUCCCAUUUUGCAGGAGUGCAUUACAGAUCCGUCAGAAGAUGAUGUAGGGGCUGAAAUCCGAGUUGCAUAUGAAAAGAUGAAGACCAUUACACCAUUCCAGUCAGACGUGGAGCAGCUGGUCCCCAUCGUCCUUGCUCGUGCACUUUACGAGAAGCGGCAAUUCGAAGCAGGGGAAACAGGUGAAUUGUGCACAUGCGAUAGCGAGCUGACUCUUACCACUGAUCAAGGACAGCAAGGUUUUAAUACCUUGAGUGAAGUCGUCAUGGACGGUGUCACGCGAUUGACUUUGGCGGCGUCACCGUCUGGGGACCUAAGACUUCGGAUAGAGAAGUUCUUCUCGUCGGUCUGUCUCAAGCUGUCCGACCUCGCUGAGCAUGCUCUGAUACUAUGGGAAGAUACUGAUACUACAAAGAACUACAAGAUGAUGUAUCUUGCCUUGACGUCCUACACGGAGGUGCUCGUCAAACAAAACGUCUAUGAGGAUGCAAGGGAGGAGACAGAGAAAGCGCAACAUGCAGCUAUGCAGCUUAUUGCUGAGCAGCAAGCGAAUGCGACAUCGGUCUCCGAGAUACCACCACCUGCAUCAAGUCAGAAAGAAGGCGAAGUGGUCCCAAUGGCUGUCGAUUCCACUAAGCCAUCUAGCACAGGCGCAAAGCGGAAGGCGGAAGAUGAAGUUGCACCUGAGGAGCACAAGAAGCAAAAGAUCGAUGAGUUAAUCCCAGCCAAGGCCACGUUGAAGCGAGAUCGCGAGAACUGCACAGAUUUCGUGGCCGAUCUUCCGUCAGACGCACGGGAAGACGAGCGAGCAUCCUUGUUCAAAGAUUGCGGCCCUAUCCGAGAAAUCAAAGUAACACGCUUGCCGAACGCUCUCGUAGCGACUGUCGAGUUUAUGGAGCGGCAGGAAAGUGUGCCAGCGGCAUUGACUAGGGACAAGAAGCGCAUACACGGAAAAGAGAUCGCAGUUCAUCUCACGUGGAAAUCGACAUUUCUCUUUUCUAAGCGUCUCAAAGUCGCGCAGGAGUGGAUCACACAAUGGGAGAGGAAAAACGGUUCAGGACAGGCUGCGCAGCAACAACCGACAUCAUAUGCAACCGAUCCUAGAUAUCCUGCUGCGCAACAGCCGUUUGCCGCAUAUCCUGCCAGGGGUCAGUCGACCAUGCUGCAGGAUCCACAUGACUCCCGCACCUUACCACCACUUAAUAUGCCACAAAGGCAGGCUCAUGCCGGCGCUAUGAACCCUUCAAUGAUGGCUGGUUCCCACGUCAGACCACCGAACAACGCCUACCCUACCGCCUAUAAUCUAUAUACAGAACAUCCACAGCAGCCUGCUUCUUAUUAUCCCCCUCCGGACCCGCGCAACCUCCCUCCUCCCAUUCCCGCCAUGGGAAUAGACCCCGCUACUGGCGGCAUACCAAGACGCGCGUCGAUGUCCGUUGAUCGUACUGCGCCGUCAUGGCUGUCAGUACAUGGGACAUCGCCAUAUCCACCCAUUUACGGCAUGGCAUCACCGUCGAUGUAUAACCAAGAAUCUUCCGUGUCCGAGCCCACUGUCAAAAAGAAGCAGAAGCGGGCCGAUCCGGAGCAGCUGAAGGUUCUGAAUGAGACCUACAAUCGGACUGCAUUCCCAUCGACUGAGGAGCGGGUCGACCUUGCGAGACGGCUAAAUAUGUCUGCUAGGAGCGUGCAAAUUUGGUUCCAAAAUAAGCGGCAGGCCACACGGCAGGCAAUGCGGGAGAGCUCACAUCAAGCCUUCAACACUGCACCUCCCACGACCAGCGACCCAUUCCUUGCUGCUGGCAGCGGACCUUAUGGUGCUCAUGCAUCGGGUACAGCCACUGUCCCUUGCUCGAAGACCGUUACCCUCAGCACCAGUUCACUAUGCACCAAGACCCGCCGGCUGCUUUUACAGGAAGGCCACGACGUAUCUGAUCUAGAGGAUCUUCCCCCUUACAAAUCAGACUCCCUGCUUGCUCACCUAUCCUGCAUUGACCCAUCUGCCUACUCUGCAGAAGUCACCCUGGCUCCCGCAACAUCUCCCAGUUCCUCUAACUCUCCAGCCCAACCUUCAGCAGCCCUGCCUUCCCAGACCAUGACCCCAGCCAUGACGACGUCAGUAGCGAAAGAGUUUGCUGAAGUUCCGAAGCUUGCUGUUGACGGAUCGAACUACUGCAUAUGGCUAGGCCACGUCCAGCGCGCCGCAGGAGCUUGCGAUGCAGAUGACUUGUUGACACACGCCGCUGACUCGUCAAAGGCUGAUGAGGUAAAGCUCAAUAAGCAGAUGCUUAAUGCAAUCACAGGAAAAUUCACGGACUCACUCUUCCAGAAGUACCUCAAUGUCACCGAGUGUCACGGCACUUUACAAUCCCUGCCUAAAAGGCAAGGACCUGGCUACAAGGUGUAG